CCACUACCUUGCUUUCACUUGUGCUUCUGAAUAUGAUCUGAGCACAUAUAGAUAUACAGUUCUUCUCUAAGCCCAAGUUGACUAGUGAGUGACCCACAACUCAUCAAGUUAUCCAGUGAGCGACCUACGACAACGAUCAUUCAUUAUGUUGACAAAAUUGGCUUCUGCCUCAGUGGCUGUAAUGGUCGUCCUAGCUAUGGUAGUAGUUGCCGCUGAGGGGUUAUCACUUUAUGGCGGACAGAAACCUGGAGAAUGUCCGCUUUUCCCUGCUCCGCCCCCAGGAAUACACCGCGCCAGGGAAUUCUCUGAAGACACACACAACCGUGACUGUGAGAGUGACAGGAACUGUUUGGGUACCAAGAAAUGUUGUUCUACUGGCGUGUGUUGUGGUAGAGUGUGCGUUGAGCCCUCUAAUAACAUAUAUCCCUUUGGAAAGUGAUAAUAUCUACUGUGAUAGUUACUACUGAGUCUGCAAAAAAAAAAAAAUCUUUGACAGAAUCUGAAUAAAUAAGUCCCUCUCAGGUUU